UUAAAUGCAGGGCUGCUGCUAGGAAGCUCAGCAGGAUCUCUAGAGCUGAGCUAUUGCUUAUUGAAGCUGCUGCCUCACGUUGCAUGUUGCUCAGCCUGGCACAACCCUACUAGAGGAACACCGGGGCAGCCACACAAAACAUGAUCCAGCCAGUCUGCCCAUCCCUCCCUGUGCCAGGACUCAGUUAGUGCCCACAGAGCUGGGAGACAGACCUUGUGCCUUCACCGCCUGCCUGGGAUAUGGGGAACCAGGUGGAGAAACUGACUCAUCUAAGUUACAAGGAAGUCCCUACGGUGGAUCCUACAGGUGUGGAUAAAGAUGAGGGUCCUCGGAUAGGGGUGUCCUACAUCUUCUCUGCUGAUGAUGAUGACCUGGAGGACACAGGGCAGGACCCAGUCAAACAGGGCUCUCUCCAGGAGGACUUACAGUAUGAUCACUGCAAUGAAGUGGAGUGUGCUGUGUUUUACAGAGAUGAAUGUAUUUAUGAGAAGGGCAGUGCUGAUGCAGAACAGCUGAGCACUUACUCCCCUGAGAACCUACUGAACAAAUGCAAGCCUGGAGACCUGGUGGAGUUUGUGGCCAAGAACCAGUACCCACACUGGGUGGUGUAUGUGGGGGAUUUCCAAGUGGUGCAUUUAUACCGUCUAGAGAUCACCAAUAGCUUUAUGACAGAUGCCAGUCAAGGCAGGAGGGGGAGGAUUGUGAAUGAGCAGUACAAAUAUAAGCCCCUGAGUCCAGAGAUGGUGGUGAGGAAUGCUCUGGAGCAGGUGGGGACCAAGGACCAAGAACUCAGCUGGAGGAACUCUGAGUGCUUUGCUGCAUGGUGCAGAUAUGGGAAGAGGGAGUUCAAGAUAGGAGGGGAGAUCAGGAUAGGAAAGCAGCCUUACAGGUUAAAAAUCCAGCUUUCUCAGAAAAAGAGCCACACAUUGGAGUUUCAGAGCCUGGAGGACCUGAUCAUGGAGAGGAGGAGGAAUGAUCAGAUAGGCAAGGCAGCUGUGCUCCAAGAACUCUCUAACCAUCUACAUGCUGAUGAUGAAGGCAGGACUGAUCACAAUACUAACUGAUGGAUUAAUCCUGAAGGCUGCGAAAUUGAGCUGUUAUAAACCCUUUGGGCUGUUUCAGUGCAGUUUUAUUCAAAUCACAUGUGAAAGGAAAGCUGAUUAGUUUUGCUUGGGGUUAACUCUUUCACCAGCUCAAUCCUUUUGAUACAAUGUGUUCCAGAACCACUGAUAAGCCUUCAUUCCUUUUUAUUCAAAUCUGCAACUAGAUCAUGUUUAACCCUUUUUUGGUCAUCAGGCCAUAUCUGUAUGUUUUUGUACUAAUCAUUCUCUAUAUUCAAUAUGUUGCACUUAAAUUCUUGAAGUUUAUUCUCUGAACUGGGAUUUGGGGAGGCGAGGGGGCUGGAAAUAACAAGACAAAAAGGAAACCCGUUGAACUGUGGGAUUUUACCAUUUAGGUUAAACUCUUAAUUUCCUCUUUCAAAUCUCUAUAAUUCCUGGUUUUCAGAAAAAACAACCAUCAUUUACAGUCUAUGCUAACAGAGGUAUUUAAUAUGCUUUCAUCAACAGACUAUAUGAGUAUACUGUCCUAGAAUACUCUGCACAAGACUGCAAUCAGUUUAGGCAUCUAAAGGGUCAAAUAUGACUCCUAUUUCUUUUGGGUUAUUUUUCUAUUUUAGGAACUUGUUCAGCUAAAAUGGUAAUUUCAUAGACCAAACAGUUUGAUAUUCUAAACGAUUAACAUCCCAUAUUUUUUCCCCUCUUGCAAUUAAAUCAUAUUCUUCAUGUGCAUUUUAUUUUUAUACAACUACAUGACCCUAUAUUCUAGGGUAGUAUGUUGUAAAGAUGAAAAUAGUCCAGUCUCCCCACUUUUUCAUGUAGAUGACAGGAAAACAGUGUAAUUUAUCUUUGUUCAAUAAAUACUCCUUUGCAUAUUUGCAUAACUGCCACACUUGUCCUCCCCUAAAAAUGAUUUCUGUGCUUUCAUUUUAGGAACUAGACUGCUGGAUUUAAAGAGAUUUAAUUUAUUUGUCAUCUGCAAUCUGGUCAUUAACGAGGUGCACUAAUCUAUACAUUUAUAUCGUUAUUUUUGUUUAAUUUUUUUUUCUUUGUUAGUAAAUGAACUGGUUUACUGCCAGAAGGUUUAGCAAGCUGUCUUGCAAUGAAUCUCUGAACCUCUGGUAGCCAGCUGGGAAAAUGCAUUAUUUGUUAAAAUACACUGUUUCACAGAGCUAGAACGGUCGUGUAUCAAGGCAAUAAAACUUCCUGAUGUAGUUCUGCAACACUAAUGUAUUUCUGUGCAUUGUUGGCAGGGAAGGAAUAUUUACCUCUAAUAUUGGCUCUACCAACUAGUGUGGCCGGACCUUGAUGGCCAAUUUAGACUCUCUCUAGUUCAACAUCAAUGUUUUUUAAUGUAGUUCAUUCAAUAGGCCGAAUAUAUGAAGUGAUUCAGAGGCUCUGGAAUUCCUGAUGAGGUUUAUUCUGAAUCCCAUGAUACUUUGCCAAAUUUAAGGACUGAUAUUCCUGACUAUUGUAAUUCAGUCACUGGAGUCCCAUUGACCAGAGUUGUAGGGACAUUGACGAUAUAUUUCUGCAACUCCCCCCCCCUCUUGUGAAAGUCAUCUGGAUGGGCAUGUGAUU